ACACACGAUUAUUCGUUCUUUCCAUUCUUAUACCUAUCACAUCGCAUUUAUAAGGUAAAAUGGAUACUGCGUUUUUCACAAUGUACAACGUUAAAACGUUUUAAGCGAUUUUGUACGUAAUAAAGUGCUAGAAUGCUCACUUAUUGCUACAAGUUUGAAGUUUCGGGCGGGAUAUUUGUGUUUAUUUAUUGAAGUCACUCUAAAACUCUAUCUUGGUGAAUAAAAUAAGUAUAAUUCAAAUCGAUCGACAAAGUGACGCCACCAGGAUAGUGAAGAAGUGACGCUCCUAAAAAAUGAGCUCGGAUGAAGAUUAUAAACCAGAGGUGGCAGCUAAGAAAAGAGGCCGACCUUCGAAAGUAAAAGCCACGAAAGCUAAAUCACCACCGAAUUUACAGGUCAAAGACGAGCCGGAAGAAGACUUGGACGGUAUUCAUUACGCAUGCAGUGUGUGUGAUCAAGUGUUUUUACACAAGUCCAACUUUCUGCGGCACAACCAACGGCAUGAUCCGCCGGGAGGAUUCAUUUGUUCGAUUUGCCAGAAACCGUUUACUAGUGAUUGGGAUAGGAACAAUCACAAGCGGAACGAACACAGUGUUUUUCGAUGCCGCCUAUGUAAAAAGGAGUUCGCGUUGGAAGAUGAUUACAAUAUUCACAUUCAAAAGCAACAUGCUGGAGUGGACCGCGAGUACGAGGUAUGUCCUACCUGCGGACAACAAUUUCGAUCUGCUUCACAACUGAGAGCGCAUAUCGAUUCAAACUGCGGCGCCGAAAAGAAGCAUGAGUGUGAUGUUUGUCAAUCACGUUAUUUAACACAAGCUUCUUUGAAUGCCCACAUGAUAAAACAUUUUGGAGAAAAAAGCCACCUAUGCAACUACUGCGGGGCCAGUUUCCUGAACAAAGGUCAACUUAAGGUACACGAAAGAAUGCACACAGGAGAAAAGCCGUACAAGUGUACUCAAUGCAGUAAAGCCUUUGCUCACAGGGAAAGCCUUAUUACUCAUUCUACUACGCAUAGUGGAAUAAAGCCCUAUUAUUGCAGCCACUGUGAAAGCCGUUUUUCCUGCAUUGGAAAUUUGUUGAAGCAUCGAAGGGCACGACCUGGCUCUUGUGGUUUACCACAAUACUGUUUGACGAACAAAAUAGCCGCUCGUCCUAACAUUAGAACUAUGCCCAACCUCACAGAUCGUCAGGUUAACAAUCAGAAAGUGGUUCAGCGCACUGGGCAACCUCGGAUUCGCAAGCUCAAAACUGAAAAAGAUGAGGGUACUAGUAUUCCAACUAAAAAACGCAUGGUGAGGAAAAAACCGAAACCAAAAAUAUCAUUCGACCAACUAUCUGAUGAAGAAAACGAAUCGGAGGAAGAUUCUAAGCCUAGCGUCACGGUUCUGAGGCAGUCCCCUGUAAAAACAGAAGCUAAAUCGACGAAACAGAACUAUUCCAAGCUAGUGACCCUCAAAGUUGAAGUUGAACAUGAUAAUAGAACUUCGGAUGAUGAUAGUCAAGAAAUGCAUACCGAAUCGAUUGAAAUAACAGAAGUCAAAAUUGAACAAGAUGAUGACUAUUUAAUCGAAGAUGCCAAUGAAGGAUCGAUCGAGGAGGAGACCAUUGUCCACGAAGAAGUUAUAUCGGCUAGUGAAGCUGAUUUAGCUGAUUUGGAUGACGAGAAAUCGCAAGAGGCUAUUUUCAAUGUCAGUCCGGUCGGGUUAGAUGAAGAUAAUAGCAAUUCUAGCGAUUAUAAACCACCUAUAAGAAAACCACAGGUGGUGGUGAGAAAAAUAUUUACAGAGAAACCGCCUGUAGUAACCGAAAGAAAAAGACGAGGAAGACCUAAAAUGGUUCCACCUCCUAAGCAACUUCCAAAGGCAGCAAUCGUAAUCGACGUGGAGCAGAAAAAGCGAGAACUAAUCGAACUGCGGUUGGUUUUCGAACAGAACAUCGAAAAGGUUGGUUUUGACACCUUUCAGUGCAUUCAUUGUCCCUCACAGUACUACAGCGAGUAUCUAAUCGGCCGGCAUCUGGAGCGAGACCAUGGGUUCCUGAUGAAACCGUUACUGGAGACACUACAAUAUGGCCGAGUCUGUGUAAAAGAGCGAAAGUAUCAAUGCGAAUACUGCGAGCGUUUGUAUGCGAACGAGAAAGCACUGGAGAAGCAUAUUUUACUUCACGGCCCAGACGGAUCACUCAAUGUAAAGUGCCCUUGCUGCGUUACCUUCUACGCUAGUCGCGAGGAUGCUUUGGAGCAUGCCUAUGUCGCGCAUCCUCAUCGUAUGGAGUGUCCGUUUUGUGGUAGAAAGUUUAAUGAACCAGAAGCACAGGCAAGCCACGUCAAAGCUGUUCACUAUGGCGACAAAGAAACGAAAAAAUUUGCACACGUUUGUCAGAAAUGUGGAAAAAUUUUCGGUGCUAGGCUUGCUGCACACGAUCAUGAACGCUCCGAUUGUGGCCGAAAUCCAGUGUACACAUGUGAAGUUUGUUCAAAAGGAUUCCAUAGUAUGAGCUCGCUCAAAAAUCAUUACACAAUCCAUACCAAGGAGUUGCCAUUCUCAUGCCAAUAUUGUGGUAAAAAUUUCCGCACAAGUGGCCAAGUUAGGAUUCAUGAACGGGUUCAUACUGGAGAGAAACCGUUCGUUUGCCAAUACUGUACUAAGGGCUUCAGCCACCGCGAAUCAUACCAGACGCAUCUUUCUUUACAUACCGGGAUUAAGCGGUACAUGUGUUCCGGCUGUGCCAUGCGAUUCACCUGUGUUUCCAACCUUCAGGCACACAAAAAGUCCCACAAAACCACUUGCGGCACAGUACCCAACGUUUCCAGAGUUGUCAGUGAUGGGUACCAUGAGUUGCCGGAGGAUUACGUGCUACCGUUUCCAAGGUGUGAUGCGGACUAGGAAAUAGUUGAUUUCUUUUGAUAAGUUUCAUUCCUUUUGAUUACUUUUUUCUUUAGUAAUAAUGUUAGUGCGUAAACAAGUUUCGUUGUAUAAAACAUUUCAUGUAAGAAACCAUGGAAAGAUUUUUUUUUAUUUCCUUCUAAAUAAAGUCAACAAACAAGAAGUAUGAUUGUGAAAGUCAUGAAACGUUGGACAAAAGCUAAAUGUAUGAUAUAUUUAACAAAAAAUAUCAAAUUUAACCAUAAUGUGUUAAAUGCUGUACAAUUUCUUUGGCAAAUAGAAUACACUGCCGUUCAAAGCAUAUCUGUUCCAUGUUCUAUGGAAACCUUAUGGACGCUGGUACAGUUAUGCUUGGAACGGCAGUACAUUGAUUGAUUAAAAAUAUCUUUUGAGCGAUAUGUAACAUGAUUAAUAAAUU